GGGUGUGGUGGUGGUGGUGAUGGAGAGGAAGGGAGAGAGGGAGAGAGGGAGAGGAACAAACGGGACCCUCAAUCAACGGCAGAGUGCUGUGUUUGAUCAGAGAACCAUGGAGCGUUGUGUGAGGAGGAGAGUGUCUCCCGAGCUUACAGUGCCUUGGGCAGAAGCAGGGCGGUCAUCGAUCGACUCCUUAGACGAUUCAUGUCUGCUUCGGAUCUUCGCGCGCUUAACUCCUAUGCCAGAUCGGUUUAAUGCCGGGCGUGUGUGUCGACGAUGGCAAGCUCUAGCCAAUGAUCAGCGAAUGUGGCUCUCUGUAGAGCACUGCUCUUCCGUACCCUCCUACCCAGUUUUUGGCACUCUCGAGGCAGCAGUGGCUGCUGCAAGGCCGGGUGAUACAAUCAUCAUUUCUGCUGGUCAGCCUCAUGAUGUGUCGAAUGUGAGAAUAGAGAAGCCGCUGCGCCUGAUUGGGAAUGGAAAGUCUGCAGACCGUUCUGUACUCUCGUCGCCCCGUGGAUGUGAUAGUGCUCUUGAGUUUCAUGCCAACGCGCAUCUUGUCAAUCUGUCGAUAAAGUCGGAGCUGGGAAGCUGUAUUCUUCAUAAAAAAGGUCGGCUAAUCAUUGAGGCGUGUGCAUUGGAGUGCAUCGAGCAUCCCUUGGAGCACUUGUCGUGUCCAAUUGUGACUGUGCGGGAGGAAUCCAUUCGAAGGCUGGGAUCGCGAAAAGACGCAAUUGUGGUGGUCGAGACCAGGAUUGAGGGGGGGGAGAAAGCUGUAAAAACGAGUGAGGGCCUCAUGCUUCAACAUGUUCGCGCCAUUUGGGGAAGUGCAUCUGUAUUCUGGUUCUCUGUAGUAGCCAAAUGUGUGGGAGGUAACCCACCUGCGUCGGCAGCUGGUGGUCCCACGGAAUGUCUUGCUUGAAGACAGCCAUGAUCCUGCUUCCUGCCAUCGGUCCGUCCUUCCUUACUCCCAGCUUUCUACUCAAAACUUUACGGGCAUGCUGUGGGAAUUUCGGCACGCACGUAUUGCUAUUGGAGUCGAAGCAGACCCGUUGUUUCCUUCGCCUUUAAGCCAAAUAUCUUCCCUACUUUUCUGACAAGAGAGAACACAAGACAACUGCCUAGUUCUGAGCACAGGUCAGUAUCUGCAAAGAAGACGAGGUCACCGAUAGGAGGCUAGGGCUAUGUGUCUGUGCUUCUCUUUCUCCUGGAAGACAUCCAGGAUUUGCAGUGUCAUUCAAAUGUGUCUUUUAUCUCCAGCCUGAGGGGUGAUUUCCCGUUCUCCUUCGACGAUUUCCUGUCCUUAUGUACUUGAUGUGCUUGUGCCCUUUUACUCGGCCAUUUAUGAAUGAACAGAGGCUGGAACCUAGUUGGAUCUCCGUAGUACUGCAUAAGGGCGGCCUGACGCUUCCUUCAAACUGCUAGACCUUAGGUCUAUGCAAUCCAGGUGGAGUUGAGAAAAACACAUUGCUACUCGAAAGUCCAUGGGUGGCAAGAGCUAGAGCUGGUUGAAUGAGGCACACUUCAUGGCUGCGAAGAAAGGCUGGGAAGAAAACUUCCCAAGCGGAUGGGUUCAUUGCUCAAGGCGUAGAGCGAUUAGCAUCUUCGGUAUGACAUGAAGGAAUGACUUUGUGGAUAUCAGGAGCAGCAGUUGCACAGCAUGUGUCUCGGGAAACAUUGUACCUUGUAAUAUUUUACAUCUGAGUAAAAGGUUUGAGCUUUA